AUUGUUCCGGGACAGUCCAUCAACCCACUCCUGAGCUUUUCCAGAUUCUUCUCAUAGUACUGAGCUAUGCCAUCUCGAGUUUAUCUUGGGCUUGGCUUCUUAAUCUUGGCAAUCUUUAUUCAGCUUUUUGUUCAUCAGUCGCAAAAACCAAGUCAUAUUGUAACCGCUCCAUUCAAUCGCAGUAGUUUUCCGCCUGGUUUCAUAUUUGGUGCUUCUUCUUCUGGCUAUCAGUAUGAAGGAGCAGCGUUCGAAGAUGGAAAAGGACCAAGUAUACUGGAUACUUUUUUCCACAAAUAUCCAGAGAAUCUAAAAGAUCGCAGCAACGGAGAUGUGGCUAAUGAUUUCUAUCAUCGUUACAAGGAAGACGUACAACUGAUGGACUACAUAGGCAUAACUGGUUUCAGAUUUACCAUCUCGUGGUCCAGAGUUUUGCCUCAUGGGAAGCUGAGUGGAGGAGUGAACGAGCUAGGCAUUGCCUUUUACAACAGCCUCAUCAAUGAGUUAAUAUCAAAGGGCAUAACACCUUUUGUGACACUAUCUAGUUGGGAUACUCCACAAGCCCUAGAGGAUGAAUAUGGUGGUUUUCUAAAUAUUAACAUUGUGGAUGAUUUUCGAGAUUUUGCUGAGCUUUGUUUCAAAGAAUUCGGUGAUAGGGUCAAGCACUGGUUGACCUUCAACGAACCAUGGUCUUUUGCCACAAUUGGUUAUGACGGUAGCACCUUUCCAAGCGCCAUAGCUCCAGGAAGGUGUUCGGCAUGGAUGAACAGAGGAUGCCCUGAAGGGGAUUCUUCAACUGAGCCAUAUUUGGUUGGCCACCAUAUUAUCCUCUGUCAUGCAACAGCUGCUAAACUGUACAGAGAGAAGUACAAGCCAUCUCAAAAGGGGCAGAUAGGAAUAGUGCUGAUAGCAAAUUGGUGGGUACCUUACUCCGAUUCGAAGGCUGAUGCAAUUGCGGCCCAAAGAACCCAGGACUUUUUCCUUGGAUGGUUUCUUGAUCCACUCACUUUUGGUGACUAUCCAAAAAGCAUGCGUAGCUCAGUGGGGGAACGCUUACCAAAAUUUACUGAAGAACAGAAAUUGUUGAUCAAAGGGUCCUUAGACUUCCUGGGAUUGAACUACUAUACUUCCAUGUUUGCUUAUGAUGCCCCCCAGGAUAAUAGUGUUCAUAUGAGCUAUUCAACCGACAUGCAAGUUAAUAUCACAGUAAUACGGGAUGGAAGACUUAUUGGGGAACCGAGCGGAGCAGAAUAUUUGUUUGUUUAUCCAGAAGGGCUUGCUAAGCUGCUUGUCUAUUUGAAGAAAAACUACCAGAAUCCAACAAUCUAUGUUACCGAGAAUGGAUAUGCUGAAAGCCAUAUAAAUAGUCUUGAGCAAGCGACCCAUGAUACAAAGAGGAUCAAAUUUUAUAUCGACCAUCUCGAGGCAGUGAAGGCAGCCCUUGAGAAGGGAGUUGAUGUAAGAGGAUUCUUAGUAUGGUCGUUGUUGGACGGAUUUGAAUGGAAUGCAGGUUUCACUGAGAAGUAUGGCUUAAUUUAUGUUGACUUUAAGAAUGGACUUAAAAGGCACCCCAAGCAUUCAGCUCUUUGGUUCAAGCAAUUCCUCGAGUAAUAUAAUCAGUUGCAAAAAUUGAACCCUACUUUUCAUUCCAAAAUAAUGUCCCUAGCAAGUAGUAAGGCUUCGACAGACAGGCUCGUGUUACUUAGUUGUACGUAUCGAAAAUAAUUAUGCAUAGUUACAAGCUAUGUAAACUUUAUGCUAGAAGUUUUGUAUUACUACUUGAGAGGCUUGAAAUUCUGUCAGCUCCCAAAUGAAAGUAAUAGUAGUUUAGUAAUUAAAUUCAGUUGAGUUGUUGAUGUUU